AUGCCUGAGAUUAUGAUACAUGGUAUACCAGUAAAUUUUCCUUUCGAACCUUACGAUGUUCAAAAAUCGUACAUGGAAAAGGUUAUAGAGAGUUUACAAAAUAAUACAAAUGCUUUACUGGAGUCACCAACUGGAACGGGCAAGACUCUUAGCUUAUUAUGUUCGUCAUUAGCCUGGCUGAUGGUAAAGAAAGCGCAAUUGCAAAUGAAUGCACAAUUGGGUAACUUCAAUGAACACAGUGGAGGUGGUUUUACACCAGGUUUAAAGGAUAACCUAAAGUCAAGCGCUGGUAAGCAAGCAAAGGAUAACACUUCAUGGGGUAUGCCGAAAAUUAUAUAUUCUUCACGCACACAUUCACAACUAACUCAGGCUAUGCAGGAAUUGAAGAGAUCGAGUUACAGGCACGUUAAAGCUGCCAUCCUCGGCUCUAGAGAUCAAAUGUGUAUCCACCCUGAGGUAUCUAAAGAAACAAAUAAUAUGAACAAAGUGCACAUGUGCCAGUUAAAAGUUAAGACCAGAACAUGUCAUUUUUACAACAAUGUUGAAUCCAAGAAAGAUGAUAGGUCUGUUAAAGGUGAUGAUAUUUUAGAUAUAGAGGACUUAGUGUCUGUAGGGAAAAAGUUAAAAUGUUGUCCAUAUUAUUUAUCAAAAGAACUCAAACAGGAUGCAGAUAUAAUAUUCAUGCCAUAUAAUUACUUAUUAGAUCCUAAAUCUAGAAAAGCUAAUGGAGUGGAACUCCUAAAUAAUAUAGUCAUACUUGAUGAGGCACAUAAUGUUGAAAAGAUGUGUGAGGAGUCAGCUUCCUUGCAGAUCAGAACCACAGAUGUAGCUUUGUGCAUUGACGAGAUAACGUAUGUUAUGAAGUCUUUCAUAGAAGGAAGUGAAGACCAAAUAGACACUUCUCUUGAUAACAACCAACCAAAGGAUUUUACUUGUGAUGACUUAUGUAUCUUAAAAGAGAUGAUGCUAGCAUUUGAAAAGGCUAUUGAUGAAAUUAGCGUCGGCUCGGAAGGUUCAACAUACCCUGGUGGUUUUAUAUUUGAGCUUCUUGAUAAGGCAGAGAUAAAAGAUCAGAACCAUAUGUCUGUAAUAACUUUAAUUGAAAAUCUAAUACAGUAUCUUUCAACUGCAAGUGCCUCUCCGUUUCAGAGAAAAGGUGUUGGAUUGCAAAAGAUUGUUGAUUUAUUAAAUGUUGUAUUUAGUGGCACUUCACAUGCUUAUAAGGAAAGAAUAAAGCUGUGCUAUAAGGUCCAUGUCUUAAUUGAUGACAAGAAAAAUAAUAAAAAAACAGAUAGUUGGGGAGCUCUAAAAACAUCCAAUUCUAAGUCGGCAGAAAGAGUUCUCAGUUACUGGUGCUUUAGUCCAGGGUUCGGUAUGAAGCAACUUUUAGAGCAAAAUGUAAGGAGCAUUAUUUUGACUAGUGGCACUUUAGCUCCUUUAAAGCCUUUAAUAUCAGAAUUGGGUAUUCCAAUUGGUAUACAGUUGGAAAAUCCCCAUAUUGUCAAGUCAAACCAGAUUUGCAUCAAAAUAAUAAGUAGUGGUCCAGAUACCGUUCAACUAAACUCAAAUUACCAAAAUCGAGACAAUCCAAAGUACAUUUCUUCUUUAGGAAGAACUAUUCUAAGUUUCUCCAGGGUUAUACCAGAUGGACUUCUAGUAUUUUUCCCAUCAUAUCCAAUAAUGACAAAAUGUCAGGAAAUGUGGCAAGCUGAAGGCAUUUGGUCAAGCAUUAAUAAUAUUAAGCCCAUUUUUGUUGAACCGCAAAGAAAAGACACUUUUAAUACAAUUAUUAAUGAUUAUUACAGUAAAAUAAGUGAUCCUAAUUCGAAGGGAGCCUGUUUUAUGGCAGUUUGCAGAGGCAAGGUUUCAGAAGGGUUAGAUUUUGCUGAUAUGAAUGGAAGAGCAGUAAUUAUAACAGGAUUACCCUUUCCACCUCUGAAGGAUCCAAGAAUUGUUUUAAAGAAAAAGUAUUUGGAGGAAUUACGGGUUAAAGAUAAGGAGUUUCUGUCUGGAGAUGAAUGGUAUUCAUUGGAAGCGACAAGAGCAGUUAAUCAAGCUAUCGGAAGAGUGAUAAGACACCAAAAUGAUUAUGGUGCAAUUUUAUUAUGUGAUACAAGGUUCAAUAACCCCAAAUUGAAGAACCAGCUCUCAGCGUGGCUCAGAGACUAUAUCAAUGUGUCAAAUAGGUUUGGAGAGACAGUUAGUGAAGUAUGCAGGUUUUUCAAGAAUGCCCAAUCAUCUCUGCCACAACCCAAACUUAAGCCAUUACUUCCGCACGAAUCUAAUGACUUUUCAACAGCAAGCAGUACGAGUUUAGCUGGUGUAUCAUUCCCAAAAACUAAUGUCCGAAUUGUCAAUAAGACUUUAACCUCUAGCACAAAAUCUAUUAAUAAGUAUCCGAAUUCAAAUGAAGUAUAUGCUGAUUUUUCAAUGGAUUUUUAUAAAAAUGCAAAGGCAUCAUCGUAUGUAAAUGAAUUUCAACCUAAGAAAACUAAGGAUCUCUUUAGUGCGUUAGAUUGUAGCACUGAAUCUCAAUCAUCGACACAAUCAUUGGUUACAAUACACAAAAGAAAUGCUGAAGAAGAAAAUAUAGCUACUGUCCAAAAAAAGAAGAAAUUAAAGAUCAAAUCUUUUGGUUUUGAAGAAAAUAUGAAGAGUAAUGGAGAGUUAGUUAUUUCUGAUGCAAGGGUGGCACCAACAUCUCUGAUAGAUUUUGUUAAAGAAAUUAAAACACUCCUAGAUGCAGACAGCUAUAAAAAGUUUCAACUGUUGAUAUCUGCUUAUAAGAAAGAAGGAGAAUAUGACGUGUUUUUAAAAACAUUGUCUGAUCUAUUAGAAAGUAAAAAAUUAUUUUACUUAUUUAAAGGUAUGAAGAGAUUCAUGAAGGAUGAACACAAAAUUCUUUUUCAAAAGUACUGUGAUAAUGUCAAACUAGAGAGUUGAUGUUGGCUAUAAAGAAUUUAUUAGGUAAAUUUAAAUUAUAUUUAAUCAUAGAUGCAAAUUGUACAAUAAAAAGUAUUUAAUGUA